AUGGAUUUCGGGUUCCCGGAUUCGGAUGGUGUAACGGGUCCUGCAAAUGGAGCUCCAUCUCAAGCUCAGCCUAAGCUUCUUGGAUCUGGGUUUCCCAAGCAGGAAAGAUGUUCUGACUCAGCUGAAGAUCACUGGAAAUGUUCGAAGUUUCAAAGAAGUGAUGGUUUGUUAAGUCCCAAGACAAUGCCAUUGAGAUCUAAUUCUCGUGGCCACCAAGAGCAUAUGUUGAGCUUCUCUUCACUCAAAUCUGACCUCCUUCCAUUAACAAAGAUGGUGACUUUUUGGAGAUGGGUACACAUAACAGUGGUUUGUCUUAUUAUGAACAUACACCCAAGCAGAGGGCCAUUAACUCCAACUCAGUUGACUGAGUUACAACACCAGGCAUUGAUCUACAAAUACAUCACUUGUAAUGUGGCUGUGCCUUCCAAUUUGAUCAUCCUCUCAGAAUCCCUUUAUCGUUAUGGCUUCGCCAGCUCUUCUGCUGGAUCUUUGCCCCCCAAUUCAUUGCGAUGGGGCUCUUUCCAUCUGGGGUACUCGGGCAGCACUGACCCUGAACCGGGGAGGUGUCGUCGAACCGAUGGAAAGAAAUGGCAGUGCUCCCGGGACGCUGUUCUCGAUCAAAAGUAUUGUGAAAGGCACAUAAAUAGGGGCCGCCAUCGUUCAAGAAAGCCUGUGGAAGGCCAGACUGGCCAUGCCUCCUCUGGGACCGCAAAUCUGAAGGCGGUGCCGAUGUCUUCCUCAAUGUCUGCAUCGGCGAUAUCCGACGGCGGUGCAUCCAGCAGCCUCACGAUAGCACAGCAGCACCGGUUUAAGAACUUGCAAUCUGGUGCUAUUGAUCAUUCACUGAACUCCCUUGUCAACAGGGUACAAGAUCCGCGGGCUUUGUCUGUGAUGUCUUCCACCACCAACCUGAAAUCCAACAACUCCACAUUUACCAUUACGAAACAAGGUUUUCCUUUUGCAGAAUCCUCUCAAUCAGAUUUCGGACAUGUCACCUUUGAUUCUCUCGUUAAUCUCUCGCACGGAAGCUCGAACAUGGAUUCCAAAGAGUGUGGUCAUCUGCUGGACUUCACUACUUCUCAAGAAACCCAAGAACAAAAUCCGCAUCACCGUUUCAUCGGUGACUGGCCCAAGGAUGAACCUAUCAGUUCCGUUAUUACUUGGCCAGGGGAGUUAAGAACGGACUGGACUCAACUCUCUAUGUCUAUUCCUAUGACAUCUUCCGAGUUCUCAUCAUCCUCGUCAUCACCCGCCCAAGAGAAGCUUGCCCUUUCGCCCCUUAGGUUAUCUCGGGAGUUCGAUCCAAUCAAAAUGGGUUCAGUUGUCAAUGGAGAUGUUAGUGAUCCGAACCAAAAUCAAGCUCACUGGAUACCAAUAUCUUGGGGAAGUUCAAUGGGAGGUCCUUUAGGAGAGGUCCUAACCAACACAACAAGCAACACAGGUAGCUGCAAGAAAUCGUCACCCCUUAGCCUCAUAUCCGAAGGCUGGUCCAGCAGCCCACAUUCACAAUCUCCUCUGCCAACAGGCGCGUCGUAGAUGGCGCU